AUGGCCGCAGUUUUCAGAUUCAGGCCGUUCGGGCUUGGCAGACAUAUCUUCUCUGCUCCCUCUACGUUAAAUGUGACCAGGCAAUGUCGUGCCCCGGCUGGGCGCUCAUAUUCCACCUCCGAUCGCCUUCCGAAGAUCGCGGACACGUCAGUAUGGACGGCGAUGAUUCCCCGGUUUAUUCGCAAUGGCAGAGCGCGCAAAGAUCCGUCAAAAGAGAAAUCUAAAGAAUGGAACCCCGCAACGUUUUACAUCAUCAUCUUUACUUUGAUCGGCUCGCAGGCCAUUCGCAUGAUCACUUUGAAGAACAGCUAUGCGGCAUAUACUCGCACGACGGAUGCGAAGAUUGAGCUCCUACGGGAGGUGAUUGCGCGAGUCAAGAAUGGAGAAGCGGUCGAUGUGGAAAAGCUGCUGGGAACUGGCGACGAGGCGAAGGAAAGAGAGUGGGAUGAAGUACUGCGUGAGAUUGAAGCCGAAGAUUCCUUGUGGCAUCAGAAGAAGACCGGCCAGUCCCAACCAGAGAAAUUCGAAGAGCCCAAGACAGAGCAGAAGCAAUCCACACAACCAGCGGAAGACAAGACCAAGGACGAGGCUGUCAAGACAGGGUCGACACGAAAGUCAAGAUUCUAUUGA